AUUGCGUUUCAAGCACCUUACAUGAAAAGAAACUAAAUAGUCCUUUAUGCAAGCCAACAAAAUGACCUCGCGAUCAAAGGAAAAGGUGACGUCAAUGUUCCGACGGAUAUUUGGUUCAUCAAACAAAGAUGGGGAGGGACCAAGCAAAGCGAGCGGCUCGGCAAGUGGAUCUCCAGCCCGACGACUUCUGAGGGGAUGCCGCGACACCGUUUCUCCGGCGGCCGGACCGGUUGGAAGUCCAGGUUUCGCAUCCAGAAAGAACAGCAAGAAAACCUCCGAAACACCUCCUUCCAGUAAAAAUGUUCGCAGCAGACGACUUAUGAAAGAGUUCAAGGAUCUUCAGCGAUUGCAAAACUCACGUUCCGACCCCGUCUUCACAGUGGAAUUAGUUGAGGAUAACUUGUACGAAUGGCACGUGAAGUUACACACAAUCGAUCCCGAAAGUGACUUAGGGGGCGACAUGAAAGAAUUCGGUGUUACAUAUAUAUUGCUACAUUUAAUUUUUCCGGAAAAUUUUCCUUUUGCUCCUCCGUUUAUGCGAGUGAUUUCCCCGCGAAUAGAGAAAGGGUUCGUUAUGGAAGGUGGCGCGAUUUGUAUGGAACUUUUGACUCCUAGAGGGUGGGCGAGCGCUUACACCGUCGAGGCGGUCAUAAUGCAGUUUGCCGCAAGUGUGGUCAAAGGACAAGGGCGUGUGCAAAGAAAAACAAAAGGCCAAAAGGUAUUUAACAGACGAACGGCCGAAGAAAGCUUUCGGUCCCUAGUAAAGACUCACGAAAAGUACGGGUGGGUUACACCAUCCUUGGCGGAUGGUUGAGCGCUCCAAUUCUAGAAAAAAACUUUAUUCAUGUUACGAUUGUUUGUAUAUUCAAAGAUAUUUAUUACCAUACGUUUUUUAGCAAAAGGCUUUGAUCUAUGUGCACGAUCUGAGUCUUUUAAUUAAAAACUCGUUAAAUGUUAUUGAAUGUUUAGAUGGUGGGAAUGUUAAAUGUUGUUUCAAUGGUGUACACAAUAAUUUUUGAUAUUAAUGUUGCCAAUUAAUUAAGACUCUUGGUGGCAAAGGCGUUCUGCAAAACAGGGUGAACAAGUCAGAUUUUUUUUAUACUCGGUAAUGAUCAUAUUCUUUCUUGUCUUCCUGAAUAAUAUUCCGUCCUUUGGUGCUCAAUUAGAGAGUAGUAAUUUUAACCAUAACUACUAGACGAUGACAAUUUCUAUUACUGCUCUGCACAAAGACGUUUAGCUCAAGGAACACAUUUGCCAUCAAGACUUGAUAUUUUCAAAUCGCCGCGGACUAUAUGAAAGUAUCCCCUUAGUGACCACAAGUUAUUUCUUUUAUAUCCCUUUAGUUAAGAGUUUUGUGAUAAAUCAUAAAAGCGCAGUCUUUGGCGGCUUAUUUAGUAUACGUAGACGUAGCUAGAAAAAUUAAAAAAUUUCCGAUGCCGUUCAAAAGAUAAUAAUGAAAAAUUAAGCGUUGUUUGGAGCUUAUUCAAUCAAAUCAGUGAUUAAAUGCUGAGAGUUUAUACAAUGUGUUCGUUUAUUAAGUGACUCACGAGUAAAUAUAGAAUUUUAUAUGACAAUUUAGUAUUAUAAUUUUAGGAAUGAUUUUAAUGUAAACUAUCGUAAAUAAGACUGUUAUUUGUAAGUAAACACGUUUUGUUCAUUUCUGUUUGUUGUGGUGCGUUUGGUUUCUUUAACACAACCUAAGCGUCACACCACAUAGAAAACGAUGUCGAUUCACAGGUGACACUUUUUUUAAGUUUAGCAAUUAGGCAGGUCGUUUAGAGGCGCAUGUUCUUAAUUACAUUUACGUAUUUUGUCUUCCAUUGUUGAUUUAAGUUGGAUUUUAAUGACAGUUGUGUACAUAUACUUAUAAUUCAUUAGUCAAAAUAUUCUUGUGAAUAAUAAAUGUGUUACGUUA